UUAACGUAAUUUAUAGUACUUUAUUUUUGCCUUUCCUGUGGUGUUUUGUCACUUCCAUCUAGUUCUACUAAGAAACACUAGCCUGAAACACCUGCGCUGCCCCCCAAAUCCAUUAUCAACGAUCAUAUUCUAAACUAAAGCGCAUGGAAGGCACUUCCUUGGAAGCUCCUGUUGCCAAGAGGUUACAGGGCAAGGUAGCCUUGAUAACCGGUGGUGCUAGUGGCUUAGGAGAGAGCACAGCGAGGCUGUUUGCCAAGCAUGGUGCUAAGAUUGUGAUCGCAGAUGUCCAAUUCGAUCUGGGUCAAUCUAUAUCUGCCCAAAUCAAGGAUGAGUUCGGACAGCCAGUUUCCUAUGUUCAUUGCGAUGUUACUAAUGAAUCAGAUGUCGAAAACGCUGUCAAUACAGCAAUUUCAUUACACGGAAAGCUCGACAUAAUGUUCAACAACGCAGGUAUUCUAGGCAAUGUUGAUUCAAGAAUAGCAUCGAUAGAGCGUGAAGAUUUCAGGCGAGUUCUCGAUGUAAACGUCUAUGGUGGACUGCUGGGUGCCAAACAUGCUUCAAGAGUGAUGAUUCCUGAAAAGAAAGGAUGUAUUCUAUUUACUUCAAGUGCUGCUUCCAUUUUCUAUGGAGGACCUCAUGCUUAUACAGCGUCGAAGCAUGCUGUCGUUGGGCUAACUAAGAAUUUAGCUGUAGAAUUGGGGAAGUAUGGUAUUAGAGUAAAUUGUAUAUCGCCUGCUCAUGUCCCAACUUCUAUGACUACUACAGGACUGGGUCUGAAUGCUGAGCAAGUGCAGGCAAUGGCUUCUGGGAUUGCAUGUCUGAAAGAGGUAACACUAGCGGCUAAUGAUAUAGCAGAAGCAGCUCUAUACCUUGCAAGUGAUGAGUCUAAAUUCGUUAGUGGGUUGAACCUUGUAGUUGAUGGAGCUGCAAGCUUGGCAAAGCCAUAAUUUCUGAUUACCUGAGAACUCUUGCUAUAUUACAAUUCAAAAGAUCAGGCGAUUAAGUGAUUGCUUGGUAGUGCUGGAAGUUAAAAAAAAGAAAAAAAGAAGGGAAAAACAGAACUCCUGAAAGUCUUAUUUACUUUUGAAGAAUUUCAGUAGCACAAGAACGAAUAAUGGUCUUGAUGUUGUUUCUAUAUAUUCAUAAGGAUAAUUAAAAUAUCACCCAAUGAUAAUAGAGGGUAAAAUUUACCUUGUGUUAUACUCUGUCACGACAUUGCAUAUUUUCAAUUAAAAUCACAUGUAUCACCAUCUGGUCAUAUUUUCCUGUGAAAUGGCUGUAUUCAGUGCAUCUUCACAUCAGAUUCAUUCAUAGAAAUGCAAUGAAAACUUGUUGUCAA